AUGAGCGCUCGGGGAAUAGUGACAUUUAUAGGUCGCCGACGCAGAGAACUUUCUUCUUUUUGCGUCAGCUCGCUUCCUGUGGCAGCAGAUUCGCCGGGUGACGCAAUCCAGCCGUCAACGUCAGCACCCGCAUACGAGCAGGUCGUAACCCCAAUCCGCCACCUCUGGGCACGAAGAUCCAAUCCAGCGCCAGCAGCGUCCGUCUGGAGGAGCGUCCAUCACGACCACCAGCACUGCGGUGGCAAAAGCCACCAACAUAAGCACCAUGGCGCAAGCCGGCGCCCGAUCUCACUCGAGGACGUUGAGAAAGCCUGCUGGAGUUGCGACAAGCUCGUCAAGCGGGGGGGCCUUGUGUGCCACGGCUGCGAAACAAUUCAACCCCCGGACGAAUCCCUCAACUACUUUGAGCUUUUCUCCUUGCCCGAAACCUCAUUUGACAUCAGUCCCCAGCUGCUGGAGCGGCGCUACAAGCAGCUGCAAUGGAACCUGCACCCGGACAAGAUGGGCCACAAGCCCGCGGAGGAGCAAGAGUUCUCCGCCCAACAGGCCUCCAUUGUCAACCUUGCCUACUCCAUACUCAAGUCGCCACUGUCCAGAGCAAACUAUCUGCUGGCUCUUCGUGGCAUCAACGCGGGGGACAACUUCGAGGGCACCUUUGAGGACCACGAACUGCUCAUGGAGGGUACAAAGUUCAACAGCAGCACGAAACACACCCCAGGCGAGGUAAUGGAAGCUCGCGAGGAGGUGGAGAACACGGACGACCCCGCUGCUCUAUCCGCAUUACUAGGUCACAACCGGAAGCAGCAAGAGAAGCUGGUGUCGGCUCUGUCGGCCGCCUUCCGUGCUGACGACAUGGAGGCGGCGGUGACUCUGACGAACAAGCUGCAGUACGUGGCCAAGCUGGAGCAGGAGAUUGUCAAGAAGCUGCCGCAGUUAUGA